AUUCUAUAAUGUACUUUCGAUUUCGUUGGCGCCUGGUACAAAAGUAAACAAAUGCCAACAUGGUAAUAUGAUCAUUGUGCAAUUGUGUUAUGAGGCUCGCUGACAUUUGAUGAUAAUCUAUGAAAUUUUGUUCUGAUAUUUAAGUGGCAGACACACUUCUCAAGCUCUCAAAAACGAGAUCUGCCACGCGAUUUAUUUAGAAGGUCAGGUUUCCAUAGCUGAAGAAGACACGAAAUGGCAGGGACUUCACAGACAUCAAAAUUAACAGAGGCGCUGAUGGUCAAAGGUAUGAGGAAACACUACAAUGAGAAAGAAGAAGGAUUAUCUCAGGUCAAAGUUCAAGUAGACAUCAUUUGGUCAACAAUUCAGAAAAGAUUCCAGCACUUGCAUGCAGGUGACAAGGAAAAUGCUGGGGAACCAGUGCUGGGCCCUGAUGACAAAGAGCAGUUUGUGUACCUUAACCAGCAACUCUCACAGCUGACAGACAACCUCAGGAGCCUGGUGUCUGAUGAAAACCAGGAACAAAGACACUUGGAUUACAUCAAGGCAUACUAUCAGCAGUGUUCAAAGGAAGACAACUCUAAUUUUGUUGCUGCGAUCCAAGACUUGGAAUCGAUGCAUUCAGCAAAUUGUUCAGAAACAGAAGAAAUAGAAAAUCACAUUAACAGAGCCAUUCGACAUUUGUCCAAAAUUACAAAGACGCUGAAUGGGGAAGGUCAAGGAAAGAUGAACCAGUGCAAGGUCACCUGUAGUAAGCAGGUCACCAAAAUGUCAGGUCUGCGGGAAAGAAAUCAAUAAAGAAAUAAUCCGAGAAAGUGACCACACUGCCUUCAUUGUUCGUGUUCAAGUUUCAUAUAUGGUUCAUCCAAUAUAUUGUAUUUUUAAAUCCUUUCCCCCUUUUACAUUUACUCUUUGUUGUCCAGAAUGUAUUUUUUCUCAACGACUGCAAUUCAUGAUUGGGAUUAGUUUUUAGCUCUUCUGAGCCGAAGGCUCAAAGAGCUAAUCAUAUGGCCAUAUGUCUGGCGUGUGGUGUGCAGUGUGCGUCAACUUUUUUGAAAAAUGGUUAUAUCUCAAGAACCCCUAGGCCAAUUUUUGUCAAAUUUGUCACAGGGUAUCCUUGGCCCAAGGGCUUUCAUUUGUACUAAAACUAGAGUUGUGACCCUUUAACAAGGGGAGAUAAUUAGGAAAAUGCAAACAAAAGUAGUGGUUCCUAAAAAAAAUCUUCCUUCUCAAGAACCACUGGGCAAAUUAUCACCAAACUUAUGCAUAAGGAUGAGGAUAGGUUGUAGAUAAAAAAUUGUUCAAGACAUCAUCCUGGGGCAUAGGGUGUGGUCUCAAAGUCACUUCAAAGUUGACCUAGAAUUUUGUUUUGUUAAAACUUUGAUAUUUUGCUUAGUAUAAGGAUUAGGAUCAUCAAAUUUUGUCAGUUGAUGCAUCUUAGGACUUAAUAUCAUGUUGUCUCAAAAGUAGGUCAUGGUGACCUACUUUUUGAAUUUCGCAGGUAAUUAUUAUGAAAUGGAUUUUGAUGAAUAUCUUGGACACUUUUGAGCCUAUGAUCAUCAAAAGUUGUCAAUUGAUGGAUCAUGGGACCUUGAACUGCAUCAUGUAAAAAGUAGGUCACCAUGACCUACUUUCUGAAUUUUAUGGCUAAUCAUUUAUAUAUACAUUUUAGGUUGUUAUUUCAGAUACCAAGAGGUUUAGAAUCAUCAAACCUUGUAAGUUGAUGCGUCUAGAGGCCUUGAAACAUAUUUAUAAAAAAAAAGUAGGUCACAGUGACCUACUUUUGAAUUUUUGCAGACAUUCAAAUUUCACAUUUUCAAUUUUAGAUGCAUAUUUUGGACACUAUGAAAGCUAGGAUCAUCAAACUUUGUUAGUUGAUGCAUCUUGAGUCUUCAUAGUUUGUUCACCAAAAAGUAGGUCACUGUGACCUACUUUUGGAAUUUGACGUCUAUAUUUUAAUAUUUCAGAUACUAUUUGACUUACAAUUAUCAAACUUUGUCAGUUGUUGCAUUUUGAGUCUUCAGAGUGUGUUGACUAAAAAGUAGGUCACCGUGACCUAUUUUUGGAUUUUGACGGCUAUAUUUGAAUAUUUCAGAUACUAUUAGACUUACAAUCAUCAAACUUUGUCAGUUGAUGGGUCUUGAGUCUUCAGAGUGUGUAGACCAAAAGGUAGGUCAAUGACCUACUUUUGGAAUUCGACGUUUAUAUCUGAAUAUUUCAGAUAUUAUUUGACUUCAGUUAUCAAACUUUGUCAGUUGAUACAUCUUGAGUCUUUGGAGUGUGUCGACCAAAAGGUAGGUCACUGUGGCAUUCUUUUGGAAUUUGACAGCUAUAUUUGAAUACUAUUUGACUUGUCAGUUGAUGCAUCUUGAGUCUUCAGUGUGUCGACCAAAAGUAGGUCACGGUAAAUGUUCAGGUACUAUUUGAUUUAACAUCAUCAAACUUUGUUAAUUGAUGAAUCUUGGUUAUUGUGAAUUUUUGUCUUUUCUACAAUGUAGCAGAAGAGCGUUUCUAGGUCCAUGGGCCUCUUGUUAAAAAUUCCUAUAGAAGCUUACUUAAAUAUGUCAUCAGAAAGCAUUCGUAAUUUAGUCAAUAUGAAUUGCUGUUGUUGCAAAUUACAUGUAUAUCCAUUAUGCUCCUGCCUUUGUAUUGCAAUUUUUGUGUAGCUUAUAUUUAAUAUGUUGCCGUGCUAAUGAUUGGCUGGUAUCGUGACAUUGCUAGUAAUGUACUGUAAUAUAUACUUGAUUUUCGCCUGUGAUUUUUAUACAAAUUUCUGUAACAAUUUAUAUAAUGGUAUAGCGAAGCCGUUUGUCUGCCCAUUAACUAUUAUUAAGUUUUCUGUGUCUCCGUAUAGCUGGGACAUGUUAGUGCCCAAAAUUAUCAAACCAUAUCAGUUUUUGCAUUUUAGGGAGGGAAUGUGUUGGGCCUAAAACUAGGUCACAGUGACCUUGGUUAAGAAUGUUAUGAUAAGAUUUUAUAAAACCUAAAACUAGGUCACAGUGACCUUGGUUAAGAAUGUUAUGAUAAGAUUAUAUAAAACCUAAAACUAGGUUACAGUGACCUUGGUUAAGAAUGUUAUAAGAUUUUAUAAAACCUUGCCCCUACUUGGAAACCUAACACUAUAUCAUUUGAAUGCAUAUUACAUUUUUGUAGGUUAGGUAAAACAUGACUUAAAACUAGGUCUCAAUGACACAAAUUGUUCGUAGUUUGAAAAGAAAUAAUAAAAUAUCUGCAGGGCUUAUGACCAAAAGUUGGUGUGUAUGUUUUAUGUAAUUAAUUCCACACACACACAAAAAACGCAACUCCACAUACCUAUUAUUUUGAUAAACAAAUACAUUGCAUGUGGAUACCAAUUCAAGCAUUACAUUUGCCAAUACACUUCCUUAUAUGACAGUACUAAUGAAAUCGAUGUUCGAUUUCGUGUAACAUGAAUUUGGUCACGUGAUAAUUUUUUAGUUCUCUUUUUUGGUGAAGUUCAUAGUUAGGAAAGGUAAUUAAUAAUUUGAUAUUUAAACUACAAUAGGAUAUUUCUAAAUGCUGGUUUGUGAAAUGCUUUGAUUUGUUCUAUGAGACCUGAUUCAUAGAAUUCUGGAGAUUUCAAUGGCUGUAACAUCAAGGGGAUUGUAAGUGUCAAGCCUGGGGAUUUUUCUUUUUAAAUUUUCAAACAUCACAUUUGAGAAUUUUUUCACCCAUGUUGAAAAAUCACGAGCUUUAUGUGAAAUGCCACAAUUUUUCACCUAUGUAUAGCACUAGAUUUCCUGACUCCUGCUGCUAGUGCUGGUCACCCGGCGAAAUAACAGUCACUGCUUACGUUACGGGGUAGAUAUCUGUCACUGCCUAAGUAACCGGGUAGAUAGAUAUCAGUCACUGCUUAAGUUACCGGGUAGAUGUCAGUCACUGCCUAAGUUACCGGGUAGAUGUAAACAAGUUAUCACGAUGCUGGUAUCGAAACUCUAAACGGGGACCUCAUACCAGGCUAGUGCGACUGAUGUCUGAAUUGAUUGUUGUACUACUACAAGGCAGUGUCUUGUCACUAAUGAAACCAUGAAAUGACAUGGUCUACUUGCAAGUGAUAUUUCCACUGAAUAGAGAAUUAUGAUUUGGUAUGUCCAGGGCUCCGUUUUGCCCUUCUCUUAAUUUAGGAUCUUUUAUAGGAUUUAUAAGAUUGAUAUAUAUAUAUAUAUAUAUAUAUAUAUAUAUAUAUAUAUAUAUAUAUUCGUUAUCUUCACUUGUCCAUCCUUUUUCUUAGUUAAAUUGAGAAAACCAAUAGGAUCGGGCAACAGGCAUAGCCUAUAUAGGCCCUCUCUCAACAAUGUUGUGUUUUUGAUAUUACUAUUAUGUUUUUGAUUUGUUGUCUUUUUGAUAUGUUAUUUUAUAAAUUUUGAUAUGGUUUUUUUUUUCAUGUGUAAUGUGUUUGAUAUAAUGUCAUUUUGAUAUGUGGUCUCUUUUGACUAAUAUAACACAUAUUGUAGUGUAGGAAUUUUUCCUCUCGAGAAAUUAUAACAGACUUUGCCCCAAGACCAUAAACUGAGAAUAAACUGAGAAUAGACUUAAGUCAAACUUCUGAUUACUUGUAUCUAAAGAUUUAAGUAGCACAGAUGUUAUUAAAAAAACAAAUGUGGGUUGAUAGAAAUUUCAAAUGCAAAAAUAUACCAAAAGUUUUAUUUGUUUAUGAAAUUAUUGCAAAAGUUACCUGGAUUUGAAAUUUAGACUUGAGUCCAUCCUUAGUAAAUGGUCUUGAGGCCUGGUGUCAAAAAUUAUGGCUAUAGUUAUCAUUGUGUUCUAAUUGUUUAAGAACAAACCCUGAUUGGGUGUACCAUGUGCCGUUGCGAUGCUCUUUUUAUAUACAUUGUGAUAUAACGAUUUAAAUUUGCCAAUUAAGACUAUUUUUAGUUAUACUUUGUCUAGUCGCUUUUUUGAAAUUUAACUAAAUAAAUUAUCAGUAGGUGAU